UGACAUCAGUCGUCAUUCAGACGUCGUUCGGUACGCACUAAGCAUGUGUACACGUCGAAAAAUUCUGGCCUGUUUCGAAGUGCUGUAAAACAGACGAAACUAUCUCAAUUUGAAUUGUGCAAAAUUGAAUCACUUUCUGAAGAAUGAUCCAAAUUCAAGUCAAUUGCUUCGACUAUGGAGGCUGGUGAGUCGCCACCUUCUUCAGAGGACAAACUCUUAGGGAACGAAGACCAGGAGGCGGAUGAAGUGGACAAGGACACCACGAUUCACCCUUUCAACAUGUCCAAUGUGACUGUCAUCGAAAACGUAUCGGGUGCUGGCGCUGGAUCAGGUGGGGCAGAUCAAAAGUUGACAGAUGGUCCAGAUCAAAAAACAAAGAAAACCUCCCAAUGCGAAGGCAGCGACAGUGGCGUAGAAGUGGUUGAAGGGAUCGAGUGCAUCUACCAGAGGAAUUUGAGCUCAAAUUCUGGAGCUUCACAGGAUUUCAACUACGCUAGGUCGUGCGAUUCUUCUAUUCUGAGCUACGAGGAGGCUUACAACAUUCUUUUGAGGAAGAAUUCUACGCUGCUGGAAGACUACGGAAGGAAUGAGGAUGUUACGAGUGAAAAUGGUAGUGAGAGUUCUUCAAUUAGCGGCCCGCGAACAACCAGACGUCUCCAAACAACAGUGAAGAAAAAACUUUCCCCCACUGAAGCCCGUAAAUCCCUGACUAUCCGAGACCGAUCGAAAAGCAAACCUCCAUCCAACCCUAAGACGUCCGUGCGCAUAAAAUCCAUCGACAGAGUCCAGGGAAAGACCCAGAGCACGACCAAAGUGGCACCCACGAGGACCACCACGAAGCCCAGCACGCUGGAGCUGCCCAAGAAGGAUACGAAAAGGCCUACAUCGUCUUCUACGAGGACUAGUUCCACAGGGAGGGUGCCAAGUGCCACGCCUACGGAUGAUGGCAGGUGGCCCAGCAUUCACAGCACACCAGCACCUCUUAUGUCCAGAUCCUUGAAGGGCCAUAUUGACACUACUAUAAGAGGAAAGCUGAGUCAAACAGACACAAAAACGAUAGAAAAAUACGCCACGUUGCCUAGGAGAAGCAAAGAGAAGACCGAAACUCCAAAAAAAACUUCUAGUAGAGAAAAUCUACAGAGGAUUGCUGUGACGAGAAGGAGCUCUCGCGAAUCACCAUCAAAGUUAUCGUCCAGCCUUUACCUGCCAAAGAGCAAACAAAAAGUACGGAUAUAUCAUGAACUCGGUGCUCAGACGGCACUAACCAUGUCCGACUUAGAGAAUGCCUUGGCAGGUAUAGCUAUCACUCCAAAGACACCAGUGGACAACGAAACUUUCGAUAAGGAAGUCCACGUAGACUUGACCACGAUAGAGAUUAACAGGUUGCAGCAAAGUUUGAGUCAAGUGACGGAGCAGUUUGAGACACUGAGGACUGAACACAAAGCACAGAAAAAGAGAUUUAAAGAAUUGGAGGAGAGACUGAGGGUCGAAACUUUGGAAAAGGAGGGAUUGAAAGAGGAAUUGAGGAGUAAUACGGAACGGGUGAUGGCUAUUUUGGGGGGAGGAAGCGUAACACAAGGCCAAGACUUGAUGACAUCAAGUAGCGACAGUCUCAUGGCCUUAGAGUCCCGUUUUCAAAAUGCUCUGCAAUCAAUGGUUCAUCAAGAAGAGGAGAUCUCCCGACUUCACGCUUACUGUCGGCAUCUUCAAAUGGAGGUGGACCGUGCGAAUGCUCAGCGAGACUCGCUAAUGCGUCACCAGCAGGAGGUCGAAGUCGAGGCCGCUGAGCUGCAGGAGUUCAUGCAGGCCGAGAAGACGACGUUGCAUGAUGCGCUCAAAGAGGCUGAGACAGCAUUGGAGAAAAAAGAACAGGAGUUAAGGGAGGCUAAAGAAGAAUGUAAAAAGCUGUCUAAAAUCAGUGAACAAAGAAGACAAGAAAGCGUAGGUCUCCAAGCCAGACUGGGCGUACUGGAAUCCAAAAGCAGAGAAUUGCUGGUACACCAAGGCAGCUCAGUUUCAGGAGCUUCGGUUGCACUAUCGGCUCUCAUUGGAAGACUGGACGGCUUGGUUGAAGAGCUGGUUGCAGCUUACAGCAUUUCGGAACAAGAGCUAGAGGAUGUGAUAUUCCACAAUGAAGCGUAUAAAAAUAGUAGCAGUAGUCCAGAGUCAACUCCUGAAAGGUCCAGACGAUAUUUCGUGGACAAAACGCCAUCUCCUCAAAAAGGAUCAUCUUUCGUUUCUGCCGUUAUUAACGCCAUCAAAAACGCAGCUCAAUCGCCGUUCACCAGAGACGUCAGCAAGGAUACUAUUUCAACGGAAAGGUCCAGUUCAAAUGAAAUGCUGGACUCUGAAACCGAGCCUUGCCUCAUGAUGGAACAUGUGUUGGAAGACGUGGUAAUUCCAGACGGCCAUUCUCACAACUUGAUCUCAUCUGGACAUGGCAGUUUACUUAGCUCCCGGCUAACUCACAGCGAAAGUCUCAAGGAUCUCUCACAAGCCCUGUUCAGCAGGCAGAUGUACUGA